AUGUCGGACGCAGCCCCCGGUGAGGUAGACUUCGUCCAUAUUAACUCUAAUGAUGACAAUCAUUCAGAGUUAGAUCAUGAUGAUGCGGCAACGGUCCCAUCUAUUGAGAACAACGACGCCAACAGCGACGCCAACAGCGACAUCAAUAACGAAGAUCUUUUUGAUGAAAACGACGAUCCUUUUAAUGAUGAUGAUGAAACUCAAGAAGAUGAAGAGCGAUUCCGGGAUAGGAAUCCUAAUGCAGAGCUUAUGGUGGCUCUGGAAGAAGACGAAAUUCCCAUAGACGACUGGGAUACGCUGACAUCAUUUUACCUAGAGUAUCGACAACGCUUCCUCCAAAAGAGAGCAGAUCUGCAAGAUUGCAGAGUAUUUAACAGAGGCAGGGUGAGACUUCUCAACCGACAUGUUGCGGCUUUGGAGGCAGCAGUCGAAGAAUUCUACGCAGUACAUACUUUGAAUGCCGAGGAGAACAGAAGACUUGCUGAAGAGAACGAUGCCCUUCGACAGUUCGUCGCAGAUGACGUACUGGCCGGUUUCCCAGAGCCUGAACAACUGUUUGACUUGGUAGCAUCCUUGCCUCUGCCCGUAUGGAAUGGGCUGACAGAAACCGCCCGGCAAUACCUCAUCGUGGGGCGACGACAUGUGCUGCGAGCCGCGAGCCCCCGGAAUACUGAGAGGAGAUGGCCAGAUGCAGCCGAGAACUUUCUCGCAAAUGGUCCUAAUGAUCAUUACAGGGACUGGGGGGAUAUCUACAAGCUCUCGUGUCGGGAAGAGAACAUGUCAUGGUCUUUUGGGGAAUCCAAACCACCCAAGACCCACCCGUACUUGAAGCUCAUACCUCCGACGGCGAGCCAGGAAGAGAGUGCAAUCUCUGGAGAUUUCGACGGCUGUACUCCACCGCCUACACCGCGUGAUUACGAGUCCUCAACAUCAGGUGAAGAAGAAGAAGAGGUUCGGCCAUUUCGGUUCCAAAAGCUUCCUCGGCAGAUCCAGCUCAAGAUCUUGAGUCAUGUUCUCGUUUUCGAUGAUGUUGUUCACCCUGUGUCUCGUCUCGAUCCUUACUACGAGCCAGAGUCGUUACAUCGAAAUUGCAAUGGCGAGACGACACUCCUUCAUCGGUUCCACAUUGGAAGGGAACCUGUCUCUCUGACUUUCGGUACUAUUCAUCCCCAGAGACUUCUUGCUCCUCUCCUGGGUCGCUUUGCGAGGAACAUUGGAUGUAAACUCCAGAUUGUUCAGCACAUUGAGCUUCUGUGGAUGGGCUCACAGAGGCUCACAUAUGAGGUUGACAGUAAGGGCAAGUACACGUCUCGCAGAACUCACGACUUGGCUUAUCUCACAGGGGCCUGUCGCCUGAAGACAAUGGCGGUUCACAUACCAGAGUCCUCGAAGAAAUACAUGCGACGCAAGCAUGAGCCCCGGGAAAUGAUUGCUUACAUGGAAAAUCUCACACGAAACCAGCCAAGCUAUCGGCUCUUCCGAGAAUUGCGUGCAACUCAGGGGCUAGGCUACGUCUAUUGCCUUCGUGGUAUGAAAGAAAUCACCUUCUGGGACUACGAAAAAUGGCUCAAGGAGAAGGACCCCAGAAUGCCAGUCCGUGACUGGACUUUUGUUCAGGACAUCAACAAUUGUGUGCGUCGAGAGAAACCGCACCGCGGUGGUCACUUCUCUGAAAUCCGCUACUUGGCACCGAUAAUGGGCGGGUGUCGUCCCAGUGCCGCGCUCGCUGCGAGACUUGAGGCAUUCGUCAAUCGACCUACAGGGCUUCUCACGCCACCGCCUGAUCUGCAUCCGCUCCUUCAGACUUCUGUGAACGAUCCCAUCGUUGUCCGUGAUUCUGAUGAUGAAGGAAGUUCUGAUACUGAGGAAGGCAAUGAAGCUGAAGACUCAGGCGAUGAGGACUCAGGCGAUGAAGACUCAGGCGAUGAGAGCAAUCAUGACGACAGCUCUGAUGACGGCGGCGGCGGCGGCGGCGGUACAGACGAUGCUGUCGCCACUGGUGGCAUCGAACCUAUCAAUGUCAGCGAUGAUGAAGCUGAUGAUGAAGCUGAGGAUGAGAAUGAGGAUGAUGAUCAUGGCGAAGCUGGAGAUGGCAUAAUGGAAGCCACGGAUGCAACAGAAGCGGACAGAGUUGCGAUGCCGCCACCUGCGGCCCCUAUGCGUGAUGAUUCGCCUGGUCACGGAACAGAAUCGUCCUUGUUCGUACCCAGCGCUACUCCUGAGUCCCCACGCCCAGUUUUUGUCCAGAAGUUGGAAACACCAUCAUCGCCAGGAACCUCAUCUCGCGCUGGAAGCACUCCAUCAAGAGCGAAUCGUGAGGAGAGCGGCUUGUUUCUAGGCUCUCCUAUUGCAGGGAACCGAGAGUCACCCAUCGAUAUGACUCGGGAUGAUGACUUGCCUGAAGGUCAGAACAAACGGCCAUUUGACUCUUGCAGCAAGGGUGAUGAUGACGACGAUUGUCAGUACAUGGGAAGCUCACCCAAGAGGAUGAAAUCUGAAGAUGGUGAAGGUAAAGGUGAAGGUGAAGGUGGAAAUGGUGGUGGUACUGAGAGCGGUAGUAGCGGGAAUGAUGCCAAUGCGGGCUCUAGACCUUUCAUCAUAGAUGACGAUGAUUGA